GCAUUCAUAAACGGAUAUGAUAACCCAGCACUGAAAGCACCGGAGCAACGACAACAGUCAGCUCUGACCAUGGCGGAAGAGGACGACGCGAGGAUUCGGAUUUUACAGAGCCUGCGGGGGAAAAUAUGUGAAGCUAAGAACCUGGGUCCAGUCUCAGGUCCAAAUCGCCAAAGGGACCUCUGUACCUUUUGCACCAUAAGUCUGGAUCAGGAAGAGGUGUUUCGCACCAAGGUGUUUGACAAGAGCGUCAGCCCUUUCUAUGGAGAGGACUUCUACUUUGAGAUCCCACGUCCAUUUCAGUGUUUAUCCUUCUAUGUUUAUGCCAAGAGCGUUUUCCAAAGGGACCUACCUGUUGGCAAGGUAUCAAUCCGAAAGGAUGACCUGUGUAAAUACAGUGGGAAGGAGCACUGGUUUAGCCUUCAGCCAGUAGAUCCUAACUCAGAAGUCCAGGGUAAGGUUCACCUUGAGAUGCGAUUGAAUGAAGUGAUCACAGAGAACGGCUCAGUAGGACAGCACUUACUAGUCCGGAUAAUAGAGUGCCAGGAGCUGCCUUUGAUCAGUGGGCAGAACUGUGACCCCUAUGCCACCGUGUCACUCGUCGGACCUGCCAGGUCUGACCAAAAGAAAACAAAGGUAAAGAAGAAAACCAGCAACCCUCAUUUUGAAGAGACCUUCUUCUUUGAGGUCACACGGUCCAGCAGCUACUCUAAAAAGUCUCAUUUCCAAGUGGAAGAAGAGGACAUUGAAAAACUUGAGAUCAAAGUUGAUUUGUGGAACAAUGAGAAUCUGGCUCAGGAUGUGUUUCUGGGGGAGACGCGGGUCCCUGUCAAGAUCCUGCGAAAAGACCGCAUCCACAAAGCCUGGUAUCUCCUCCAGCCUAAAGGGAACGGCAGCAAGUCCAAGUCUGAUGACUUAGGAUCCUUGCGUCUGAAGCUGACCUACAUAGAAGACACGGUGCUGCCAUCUGCCUUCUACACACCACUCUGCAACCUGCUGCUCAAAUCCCCAGACGUGAAGCCCAUCUCAGCAUCAGCAGCACACAUCUUGGGGGACAUCUACAGAGAGCGGUACGAGGCUGUUCUGCCCAUGGUUCGACUACUGCUCCACCACAAUCGCUUUGUGCCUUUUGUGUCUGCUGUGGCAGCGCUAGAGCUGGACAACACUCAGGAGGCUAACACUAUAUUCCGUGGCAACUCACUGGCAACACGCUGCAUUGAUGACAUGAUGAAGAUUGUGGGAAAGAAUUACCUGGCGGUUACCCUGAAGCCUGUAAUAGAUGAGAUUUGUGAAUCCAACAAAACGUGUGAGAUAGACCCCAUUAAACUAAAGGAAGGUGACAACGUAGAGGUCAACAAGGAGAACCUACAGGGUUAUGUCCAGAAGGUCUUUUCCUCCAUCACCCAGUCCAGUUCGAGCUGUCCCCCACUCAUGUGUGAUGUCUUCAGGUCACUGAGACACUUGGCCUGCAAACGUUUCUCAGCUGACCCACAUGUUCAGUACUCAGCUGUCAGCAGCUUUGUGUUCCUGCGGUUCUUCGCCGUUGCUGUCCUUUCUCCACACUCCUUCCAACUCCGUUCCCAUCAUCCUGAUCCUGAGAUAUCCCGCACACUCACUCUCAUCUCAAAAACCAUCCAGACUCUGGGCAGCUGGGGUAGUUUGUCCAAAAAACUGUCUAGUUUUAAAGAAACCUACAUGUAUGACUUCUUCAAAUCAUUCCAAGAAGACAAGUGUAUUGAAAAAGUUAAAAAGUUUCUCGACGAGAUCUCCUCUGACGUCAGCAAGGAGUCUAGUAGGCUGGAGGACGCAGUGGUUCUCAAGGAGGGGGAAGUACAGAAACGUGCCCAGGGGAGAAAACGUCUUGGAAAGAAAAACUUCAAAAAGAGAUGGCUCAGAGUGACCAACAGGGAGCUCUCCUACCACAAACAUAAAGGGAAAGAGGCCCUCUGCAUCAUCAAUGUCAAAAAUAUCCAGGCGGUGGAGAAACUGGAUGAAAGUGCCUUUAACCGCAAAAAUAUGUUUCAGGUUGUCCACUCUGAGAAGUCUCUGUACGUGCAAGCAGGGAACUGUGUAGAGGCCAGUGAGUGGUUGGAGGUCUUGGGCCAGGUCAGUCGCUGCAACGAGGGACGCCUGGCCACCUUCCACCCAUCACAUUACACCGGUGGAGCCUGGCAGUGCUGCAAAAACCAGAGUAACAACGCGCCAGGUUGCAAGCCCUGCACAACUACCAUGCUGGCCAACCUGCAGCUUGACAUAGACUGUGAUCGGGAAACAGAGAGAAUUUUCUCCCUUCUCUCUUCAAAUGACACCAAACUCCAGGACAUGGAGGAUGCAUGCGCCAGUAUGGCCGUGUACCAGGGACCUCAGCGGGAGCAGGAGGAAUACUCCAAGUUCACCAUCCAGGAACCCAAAGAGACCUUUCAGACACUCAAACAGCUCCGCAAUGUCAUGGAGGAACUUCAGAGGCAGCACAAUAUCAGGAACGACACCACAGCGCAGUACGGCAGCCUGGACAACCCGAUAGUGGGGAAAACCUCCUAACCACGACGGGCAGGUGUGGCCUGAGACGACCAUACCAGCAGGUGUCUAUACACCAGAAAGAGCAGCGUAGUGACACACUGGUGUCUUAAAGGAGCCCCGGGAGUUGUCCUAGCCAGAACGGCUGCUGCAUGUCCAGGAGAAGAACAUUUGAUUCAACCUGACCUCCAGACAUCAUGACUCCACUACAGCAACAGGAAGUGGAUGGAUUGUGAGCUUUUCCAGGAUCUCUCCUCGUGUCCACGUGCCUCACUCCCCCCCCCCGCAGGUCCCUUAUAAAGAGACUCUUGUCUUAAUUUAAGUCCUCUUUUUACGUCUCCAGCUGUAUGAAAAAGGCAUCAUUAGAUGGAGUGUGAAUAGGCUGCUAUUUUUUUUUUAUUCACCCGGUUUUAUAUCAACAGCUGUGAUGAUACUCUCCCAAUCUUUUAACAUUUUGCUCCGUCAUCUUUUUUAGGAGCUGAUUGAUAAUCAUCACCUUUCUGGAGGACCAUCCUCUACUUGUGCCCAAGUAGACUUAAAUCUUUCUCCAUUCUUAGUGUCCUUUCUCCUCUGAACAAAUGUGUAUAUAUUUUCAGAGUACAGUUGAGUAGAUGAAACCGAUCUGCCUUACUUUGAUGGAUGUUUCUUUCACAUUAAAUGCUGAGGGAAUAAUGCAGAAGCACUUUAAACAUUUGGAGCAAUCCAAAUGAAAAUUGAUUAGAUACUUGGUAUCAGCUUCCCCCCUUUUGAUCAGUUACAUGAUCUUGAGUACAUUUUUGUUUCAUUCCUGUACAAUAACAUGAUAGCAAUGAUAGCCUGUAGUUUUUAAGAUAUUUUUCUUGACCAAAGAAAAUUUCAUAGGUUUGACUUGAAAAAAAAUUAAUGUAUUUUGAAUACAAAUGUUUUAAGAAUGGAGACACACACACACACACACACACACACACACACAUAUAUAAAAAUAAUUUUAUUAUAUUAUAUAUUUGGUUUAUGUGUACGUUUUUUGCUAACAUAUCCUUUACUUUUUAGUGACUUUAGGCAAGCAGAUUGCAUGCUUCAGUUUUGAGUCCUUAUAGCACAUGACUGUGGUGUAGAGUUGUAUUUUGCUGUGAUUGUGAAUCGUAUUGGUACGGUGUACAUCAGAUCUGUGCUGUCACGUCGAGAACAUCACAACAUAUCUGUAGUUGUUUAUGUAAGAAAUGAUGGAGGAACUGCAGAGAGGAAUCAACGAGAGUAACAAAUGAGCCCUGUUAUCCCUAAAUUAAUAUCGACAAUCACGGCAACACAUUAUGUCCUUAUUUUUCAAACCAACAGUACAGCAUAGCUCCAGCUGUUGUACUUCAUGGUUUACGAGAAUUUUUUUGAAAUGCGACGUGCGGUGGCUUAGAGUUAAAAGUUGUGUUUUUAACCCUUCCACAGCUGUUGGUCGUAGAACUCCACUGCCAGAACAGUUAAGAAGAGUCUGUGUAGUAAACAGGUAAAAACAAAAAAAUUAUUAGCCCAAACUCGUUUUGGGCGACCCAUAUCCUCGACAAGUUUUUUUUUCCUAACAAUCAAAAGUUGCAGAAGUCGCACUGCAUCUGAUCAAUAUACAGUUAUAGAAAAUAGUCUAUAAGCUGUCAGAGAAUUUUUGGCUGAUUUUUGAACUAUUCAGUUUACUAUACAUUGUGAAAUGGAUACAAUACGAUACUGAAACCAAAACCUCAAAAUUUUAGGUUGCAACUUUUUUUUUUUUUUUUACAUUUUUGCUGUUUUUCUAUCAGUUGACUUGUUGAUUAAUCAACAAAUAAUUUUUGCGCUGGAGAAAACUGGUGAAAAAUCAAGCUUUGAUUCAGUCCUGGUUUUGUCUCUUUGUUUCCUGAAAUGUUUUCCAUCAUUUGCCCAUUUGAACAAUGAAGUGUUGAAAAGAUACAAAAGAAGCUUGAAUUUAUUUUAAUUACAAAAGUUGAACAUUUAAUGUUGAUAAUACAGGGUUAACUGUGUUUGUUUGGUUUUUUUUGUUUUGUUUUUUUUGCUUGUGGAAAUAAGAUGUUUUGUUGUUGGUCCGUCAUAUAUUUCUAACAUGCAUGUCUUGUAUAUUUAACAAUAUAUUUUUAUAGGAAAAAGUUUUUGUAUCUUUUUUUUAAACACUGAUUUAAUGUGUUGCUAUACUGGUACGGUACCUUGUUCUUUGUCUGCAGCACUUCUUUCAGGCUGGCCGCUUCUUGUUUUUGUCCCAUUACUGACUGUAUGUGGUCGUAGCUGCUGCCAAACCUCUACUUUUCGAUAGCUUAACCAGAGUUACUCAAGUGAAAAUUGUGUGUGUGAUGUCCCACCGAGCUGCAGCUGGCACGGAGUGAGUAAACUGCCUAAUCAGAGCCAAAAUACAAAUGUAAAAUGAUCAAUUUUAAGAAAUCGAUCAUUGGAUGAUGUGUAUGCUUGUGAAAAGUGUUCAGCCGGACAAGGGUUGAAGAAAGAAAAACUACCAAAUUUCAACAAGAAUAUCUGGAUCUGAAUCUGAACUAAUCAGAGCAUAAAGCUAUUGUUAUAUACUGUAUAAGCUUGCAUGUCAACUCCUAGUUUUAAUAAGAGCCGAUAAAACUAGCGGUUGACGUCCUCUGGUGUGCUCAUUCUCAUUUGAACGUGAACAUGUUUUGGGUUUUUAUUUCCACUCACUUGUUCACUGAAUUAUGCUUUUAUCUGCUAUUAAUAAGUAUUUUCUUCCAUUUGUUUUCCCCUUGUCCUGAAAUAGUAUAGUUUAUGGACGAAAUUCAUGUGGAAACAUACGCAGUGACCUGCUGGUAGUUGAAGUGCAUUAGCACAGCAGUCUUCUUGACUGUCACACGUUUGCCUGUGGCCAAAAUGCAUAUUGUAACAUUACCACACUGAAAGGGAAAUAUUCAUAUUUGGUUUGAAUUAUCAAGUGUAUAACAUCAGUCAAGGAAGUAACCAGCUUGCACAUCUGAUGUGGAUUUGGGAGCUCUUCAUAUUAAUUACGGAACUGAGAAAGAGUCAAGGUUUAUGCAAGAACAAAAGCUGAUUUCAGGGUCUGUAAUCCAAGUUUUCUUUCAAAGCACGACAACAAUAUCAAAAUACAUUUCUUUCCAAAUACAGGCAUACAAUUGCAAAACAAUCUUGUUUUUCCUGCCGAUCGACUUAUAUUUGUUUUGUAAGAGGUGGAGCAGCGUGCAAGUACAAAGACUUUGAAUGAUUUUUUUUUUUAAUGUAAAAGCUUCUUUUUGUCCAGUGUACAGUCUGUAGUGCCAGAAAGCAGAGGGCAUCUUCACAUCUCCAACUCAUUUCUUCUGAAUAUCUCCAUACUGCUUUAGCACAGUGUCUGAAUAUGAAACGCUUUAUUUUCAAUACAUGGUCUUUUCUGUGUCCAUUUGAAACGAUUUA